ACAUAUGGAGGCUUAUGGCCGUUCCGUAUUUAGGGUCAGUGACGUGAUUGUUUACUAUGAUGGCAACGCCUCUCGCUCUCCCACAGUUUCUCGUGCAUUGUCUUGUAGUUCUCACGUGCCGGCGCACUUUUCUCGGCCUAAUUUGUGGGAUUGCUACGAUUUUCUCGUCUCCGGCGCGUUGUACAGUUAGAUCGAUCGUGGCUUGGUCGUGGACAGGGCGUCGGAGUCAUCACCCGUGAUUCACGCUCUUGUCGAGGGAGUUUUCCUGUUAAUUGCCGGUUAUCGCGUCGUGUAAUAGUCCAGCAAGGUGUUUCCUUGUUUUGGCGCGUCGCACCUCGAUGGUGUGGUUGGUGUAGCUAGUGUUAUGGAACUGUCGGCUCUCGCCCGCCUCCUGCGGACGGGAGACAGAGUGCGAGUGCAGACAUGUUCUCUGCGCUAGCUUAUCAGUUGUCCACCACAUUCCUGGAGGAGUGUGACAAGAAGAGCCCUCAGAAGUCGUCGGAGGCCGCCAAGUUCACGGACUACUUCGGGGUCUACGACAACAUGGGAGCUUGCGCAUCCAAGUGCGGGGCUUCCCGUUUCCGGCGGCCGGUCCCCGCCAAGAUGUCGAAGAAGCCGGCGCCCGCGCCGACCCUGCACAAGGUCAUCAUGGUGGGCUCGGGUGGCGUGGGCAAGUCCGCCCUCACCCUCCAGUUCAUGUAUGAUGAGUUUGUUGAGGACUACGAGCCUACUAAAGCCGACAGCUAUAGGAAAAAGGUUGUCCUGGACGGCGAAGAAGUCCAGAUCGACAUCCUAGACACAGCCGGCCAGGAGGACUACGCAGCCAUCCGGGACAACUAUUUCCGGUCCGGCGAGGGCUUCCUCUGCGUGUUUUCCAUCACCGAGCCCGAGAGCUUUGACGCCACGCAAGAGUUCAGGGAGCAGAUCCUUCGCGUAAAGAACGCCGAGAACAUUCCCUUCCUCCUCGUCGGCAACAAGUCGGACCUGGCGGAGAAGCGGCGGGUGCCGCUCGACGCGUGCCGGGAGCGGGCGACGGCCUGGCAGGUGCCUUACGUCGAGACCUCGGCCAAGACGAGGGACAACGUCGACAAGGUGUUCUUCGACCUGAUGCGCGAGAUCCGGUCGCGCAAGUCGGACGACUCGCGCGCCGGCGGCGACGAGGUCAAGAAGAAGAGGAAGAGGAUCAAGUGCGCCAUUCUCUAAGUGAACUGUCGACCUUGUGGCCUGGUAAUAAGGCCGUUGUGGCCAGCUCAUUGUGUUAAUGGUAGUACCUGAGGGCGAGCACGUUUGGUAUAGGUAUAAUGCGCCUAAUGUAUUGAUUCAUGUAAUAGUUCUACAGUCAGUUAACAAUACUUGCUGAAAACAAAACGCUAAACUGACGUAUGACUCUCGGAAUAUGGUGGUGUUAGAUAAUUUUGUGUGCUUUGUUAUGCAAGAUAUGAAUGCGGGUGACUGUCCCUGUAGCGUUAACUUUUAAAUAUUCCGAAUGGCUUAACUGACUGAUUUAAUAGGUUAUUCUGUAUAUCACUUUGAUUUUAAUCUUAUUCCAUCCGUGGAAUUACUAAAAUUAUAGCAACGACUGAAAAACCGAGUUAUGUGGUUUUGAUUAUCUUUUUAAAAUACUUAAAACUAUUAUUACUUUGAUCAAAAUACAAUGAAAACGAAAUAAAAAACUGCGUAUAGUAUACAGAUACACAUAGCGGGUAUCUUACGUAAGGUCCAUAUCAUACCAAGCGUGCAACGACCGAUGCGUUUUUUGUCUAAGUUAAUCAGUUGAAAGUUCAGUUGUACUAACAGCAACACAACUGACCGUUAAUAGAUUCUGUCUUUGCAAUAAAGUUUAAAAUGGUCAGUCAACUGAGCGGAUGACAGUAUCAAUGGAGUUUAACAUGACCUCUAUUAGGGUUAAUACAGUCCUAAAUCCUCGACUGAGCUUUCCGCUGGUAUCGCUUUGUGUCAACAAAUAGUUAUGAACGCAUAUUUGUACUUUUGCAUUGACAUUUUUAUAAGCUAGCUACACACUUACCAAAUGUACGGAAAUAGAUGAGGUUAGAGAACUGUUUUGUGAAUAUUGUUUGGAUUAUAUAGAUUUGGUGUAAGUGUGAUCUGUUAGACAUCUGGUUCUUCCCGCCGUCACUGGUUUUGUCGCUUAGGACUAUGGAGAUGCAUUUUCUAAAACAAAUAGUGGUGGUAAUUUAUUUUCAGAGAUUUUCCCCGAAAGCAGCCUAUCUCAACUCAAUAGAUAUAUUUUCUGAUAAUGGUCAUAUUUCGAAAAUUUUCAAAGGGGGGCUUAAAAAAACACUUUUUUUUUUUAAAUAAACACAACUUGUAAAAAUAUGGAAAAGAACAACUACUGCAUAUAGACUUGACUUUUUGCGAGAAUGAACUUCAUAGUCCUGAUCCAGUAAAUGUAAGGUAUAAAAAUAAACGAAUGCAACUAAAGGUUUCACUAUUGAUAUUAUUUGGUCCGGGCCAUAUUGAGCCCUGUCCCCGUGUAAUAAAGUGUAUUAUCGACUGUGCUAGAUGCAAAGGCUUGGUCCACUCGCCCGUAUUGGUGCUGGCUUUUUGAACUCGUUAGGUUUACUUAAAUUGUAAAAAAGAAUUAUGGCUUCUAGAAGAGAUGUAAAGACUAACAAAAACCGUGAUUGACCGUGACCGGAUUAUGCUGAGCAACUUUUACUUUGGGACCAACCCCGAAAUCGCUAUAAAUAAAAUUUGACUGU